UGCACACCAGUUGACGUCACUGACUGGAAAGUUCGCGAAGGCUGAUGAUGGCUGACUUCCUCUUCUGUCAACGACUUGUAUAAAUCGCAGCCAUACAUUCCACUCUCCGUAGUCACGAAUCACUUAUACAAGCUGAGCGGCUUCUUCGGCGCUGACAUGGUUGCUUAGGAACGAAGAAGAGACAGGGAAGAGCCAGUACGAACAUGGCGGCCAACAUAGAAGUUCUCCUUGACAUGUGUCUGGGGUCGUGCCUCAAACCUGGCAUCGUCAAUCUCGACCUCCACGCCCUCAAACGCUUUCUGCACGAUCUUUCUCAUGGAGUUCAAGACCUGCAGAAAACGAAUGUUCAGAGGAUUGUGGAUGACUUAACAUUGAAGUUCCAUAAAAUGGUAUCCGAUCUGGAAAAAGUGCAAAGUCAAAUCAAGGAGGUGCAGAAAGAUAGCAACAAUAUUGAAGAGCUAACAAGAGACGUAGAGAGCAUCAAGAUGGACCUUGUAGAUCUUGCAGGCUGUAGUCGCCUUACGAACUCUACCCUUCACAAGUUUCGUGAGCAACUCUUCGACUCUCCAUCAAAAAACACGGGGACUACCGAUUACCUGGAGAAUGUUGUCGUGGAGCUCGUCAAGCGAGUUGAAAACAUCGAGCAUAGAAAGGGGCAAAGAAAAUCACGGGGUUUCACAAAGCAUCUCUUGCAGGCAGAGUCAAAAGGCGUGCCAGGCAAAGGUCAGUAA